AUGAACGCCGAAGAUUAUUUUAAUUCCCCAGAUUUUAAGCAUGAAGUUCAGAUUGAGUGGUUGGUCGAGCGUGACAAAAGAAGAUCCACUGCAAUGGAAUUUCAUAGAAGCUUCAAAAAGGGAUACCCAUCACACGUCCUACUUUCCAACAAUGAUACAUUAAGACGUGGAAAGUUUACCAAGCUUCUUUUAGGAUUUUAUGGGCUCGGACCUACAAAACGACCUGAAGAACAAUAUCCAAUACUCACUAGACAAAUAGUUGGUGAUUGUGUUAAAGGUUUAGAAUUAUCUUCCACAAUUGAUAAUGUCAUUUACAAAUAUAAAGGAUUGUUUGAUUUGAUGCCAUAUGAAAAAUAUUCAACUUCUUAUUUUGUCAAACGUUCAAAUAUACUUAUCGCUCAAAUGAUAGCUCAUAUGAAGAUUAGAGCCAAACAUUUUAUUUGGAAUACCAAGCUCAAGGCUAUAUACCCAGUCAGAUAUGAGGUUAAUAAAUUCAACAGAAAAUGCUCAAGUUUGGUUUCUUCCCUUGUUGUUAAAAUAUCUAAAGCUUUGAAGAAAAGCUUUUAUAUAAAAAAGGAAUUUGAUCUAUUUGGUUUUGGUGAUAAACCAUCAUUAUUAGGACCUUUUCCUGUUGAAAUCUGGUUAAAGGUUAUUGAAGAAGCAGAUAUAACAUCAAAACAAAGUGCUGAUAUGUUUUAUAAUAGUUAUUGGAUAGACAUUAUAGGUCCAUAUCUAUACACCAAUAUUUAUGGUAUAGUCACAGUCAGAGAUACAUUCAUUACAAAUAGAGAUGAAGCUGCUUUUUUUGAAGGAGGACCAUCAUAUAACAAAGAGCUGUUAUACGGUCAAGAAAGAUAUGAUAGAUAUCAAGAUCUAGGAGUUAAUGAAUAUGAGAUUAUUGAUCUUUAUCCAAGUUCAUUAGAGAGAAAGCAUAAACUUGAGACUUUGAAGUCAAAAGCUAACGGAUUUCCUAUUACAUUUGUAAAAAAUCAUGAAUCCGUCCUUAAACUAGCAGCUUUAAUGAAUAAAGAGACUUCUUUAAUUCGCAAAUUCAUAAAACAGAUCUCUAUUGAUGUUUUUGCACCUCAAGACUUUAUGACAAAAGAAGGAGUUACAGAAUUAUAUGAUGAUUACAGCCAAUUUUACAAUGGCUAUAGGAGUACUGUUGAGGUCAAAGCUGUUACAUUGAUACAUUCAGAGUGUCCUUUUAUUCAUGUAUUACACGAAUUUGAAGCAAAUGGAUCCCAUGAUGAUAAUGGUAUAUGCAAAAAAAGUGAUGAAAUCCAACAUUUCUUUCAAAAAAAAAGAACACCAUCUGGUUAUGAAGACUCUUCAGAAUUUACUAAAGCUCCAAGCUAUGACAUGGAGCUAAGCUAUUUUAAUAGAAUUUUGAACUCAAUAUUACAUGGAAGAAGGGAGGACAUUAAUAUUGAAGAUGAUAUUGCGGCUAAUAAAGAACUUGUGGAGUAUUCACACUUUGACUACUCAAGGUACAGAAACUUGAAUCGCAUCAAUCAUAAAUUUGAUCUUCAAGUAUUUAAAAGAAAAUUUUUAAAGGAUAGUAAUUCUGUGAAAAUUUUCAUUGAUAAAGUAUCAAAACCAUUCUUAUGUUAUAAUGUUGAUAACAAUAUAAAUGUUUCAGUUACAAUUACGGGUAUUAAUAACUCUAGAGUGAGUGGUGAAUGUCUUGCGGAUGAAUUAGGAUAUAUUUAUACAUUUUAUCGUGAUCCUCAAAUGGUUCUUCUUAAAAAAAUGCCUAUAGUUGACUAG